AUGUUUUCUAGUAAUAGAAGCCAUGCAGUGGAAGAAUGGGUUAAAGGGAUUCUAAAGAAAGGGGUGCCAGAAGCGCUUUAUAGAGAAGUCAUUCAUGCAAGCAAGAAAAACCCAUUGAAAUUUCCAUUGCCUCAAAUUAUAGCAGAAAAUGGAAUGGCAUGGUUGGAUGAUGAGAAGUUUGGGCACCAGAUGCUUGCUGGAAUUAAUCCAACACGAAUCCAGUGCUUGGAGGUAUCUCCGCCACAGGACAAAAUUGGAGUGAGAAGUUCAAUAAAGAGAUCACACAUAGAGCACAACCUUGGUGAUCUGACUGUUGUUGAGGCAAUGAAUCAAUGGAAUCAAUGGAGGCUAUUCAUUUUAGAUCACCAUGACUACCUAAUGCCAUAUAUAAGCAGAAUAAACACAAAGGGUGUUUGUGUUUAUGCAUCUCGAACACUACUAUUCUUAAGGAGUGAUGACACGCUAAAGCCAAUAGCAAUAGAACUUAGCUUGACUGGCUCGAAUGAUGGCAACGAGAUCAAUAGGGUGUUUGUUCCAUCAAGUCAAGGGACUGGAGCAGCAUUGUGGCAGCUUGCUAAAGCUCAUGUUGCAACUAACGACUCUGUCUAUCAUCACCUAAUCAGCCAUUGGCUGCAAACCCAUGCAAUAGUCGAACCAUUCAUCAUUGCCACUAGAAGGCAGUUGAGUGAGAUGCAUCCGAUCCAUCGUUUACUGAAUCCUCAUUUCAAAGACACCAUGCACAUAAAUGCAUUGGCUCGGAGAAUCCUCAUCAACUCAAGAGGAAUCCUUGAGAAAAUAUUGUUUUCUGGUGAAGUCUCCAUGGAGUUGUCUUCUGAGCUUUACAAGCUGUGGAGAUUUGAUAAGCAGGGCCUUCCUGCUGAUCUAGUUAAAAGAUCUUCAUGGAAAAAUUCCUCCAAAGGUAUGGCCUUGGAAGAUGAAGAUCCAAACAAUCCCACUGGAGUUCAGCUACUCUUUGAGGACUAUCCCUAUGGAGCAGAUGGACUUGAGAUAUGGACUGCCAUCAAGACAUGGGUCACAGAGUUUUGCUCAAUCUUCUACGAAGACGAUAAUUCUGUCGAGACUGAUUUAGAACUCCAAGCAUGGUGGUGGGAAAUACAAUAUGUAGGUCAUGGCGAUAAGUGCCAUGAGGAAUGGUGGUAUCAAAUGACAACAUGCUCAACCCUAAUAGAGACUUUAACAAUUCUCAUAUGGAUAGCAUCUGCAAUCCAUGCUUCAGUGAACUUUGGGCAAUACACAUAUGCUGGUUAUCCUUCCAAUCGUCCCACACUAUGUCGAAAGUUCAUUCCAAAGGAAGGAACAUUUGAAUAUGCUGAAUUCCUCAAGGAUCCAGACAAAUACUAUCUUAAGAUGUUGCCUGACACAUUUGAAAUGUCCAUUGGUGUAGCAUUAAAGGAGGUCCUCUCAUGGCACACAUCAGACGAAGUGUACUUGGGCCAAAGGCCAUCUGAGUGGACAGAUAAUGAAGAGGUUCGACAGAAAUUUGAGAAGUUUAAUGGCACACUUAAAGAGAUAGAGGGAAAAAUCGUGAGCCGGAAUGGAGAUCCCAAGCUCAAGAACAGAUGGGGUCCUGCAAAAGUACCAUUCAAUUGUUUAUACCCAGAUACAUCCAAUAUUGCUUCGAAAGUCGGCAUCACGGGAAAGGGGAUUCCUAACAGCAUAUCCAUUUGACAUGUCCAACAUAUCCAAUUGCUUCACACAAUGGUGAUUUUAUUUAUUUAUUUGAUAGGUACUUCACCUCGGUACAAAUGGUUUUGUUCAUUUCAGCAAAUGUUUGUUUGGCGUA